AGCGUUUCAAUAAGCUACAACACAACAUCUUCAUCAGCAACAUGUUUAAGAUUAUCGCAUUGGUCGCCUGCCUGGCUGUAGUUGCCUCGGCCCAGUACUACGGAUCGGAUCAUGGACAUCAUGAAAUCCACGAGCACAAGGAACACCAUGAUCAUCCCAAGUACAAGUUCGAGUACGGCGUCAAGGAUGGGCACACCGGAGACCACAAAAGCCAAUGGGAGGCCCGUGAUGGGGAUGUCGUCAAGGGAGGAUACACUCUGGAUGAAGCCGACGGAACCCACCGCGAGGUUGAGUACAAGUCCGACCACCAUAAUGGAUUUCAGGCUCACGUCAAGCGUGUUGGCCACGGCCACCAUCCCCAUGGAGAGAGUUACGCCAACAUCGAUCAGCACCAUUGAAAAUCCGAAGGGAGCAGCAAAGCUUCAGCUACCGACUAGGAAUCCCGGAGGCUUCACAGGACCAAGGAAACUGGUUCCUACCCGUGUUCGAAUUAUACCAAUGUUCUUAUCUUGUUGUUGACUAUUGUUGAUACUUAUCUCUCUACACAAAUGACUGAAAA